AUGGAGCGCAUCAGAUGGGACAAGCUUGGAGUCCCUAGUCUCUCCAUCCAAGACGAUCAAGACCGCCAGCCAUCGCCCAGCAGCCUCCGAGGCAGACUCCAGAGCCUCCGGCGAGCGACGUCCCCAGCGCGUUCUAAAACGUCUCAGUCACCCGAAGGCACAAAGGGGGCCUUGAGACUGACGCUCUUGCAUGAACCUUCUGAACCACGUGUAGAUUUUAUAUUUGUACACGGCCUCAAUGGAGGCUCGAGAAGAUCCUGGAGUGCCUCUUCAGACCCGUCUACCUUCUGGCCAAAGGAAUGGCUGCCCUUUGAAGCGGAAUUCAGACACGCCCGCAUUCACAGCUUUGGCUAUGACUCGGACUGGACCAAGUCACAGCAAAGCACUCUAACCAUACACGACUUCGGCCAGGCCUUUCUUGCAGACAUGUACAACUCGCCUAAUCUGAAGAAGAAUGGCAAUACGCCGAUUGUGCUCGUUGCGCACAGCAUGGGAGGAUCAGUGGUGAAAAAAGCCUACCUCCUCGCGAGAAGAGAUCCGAUCUAUACAGAGAUUGCGAACAGAAUUCACAGUUUGUAUUUCCUGGGCACGCCGCACCGGGGUGCCGACUCCAGCGCCUUCGUCACGACCUUGAUCUCCAUGUCCAUCGGCUCCGGGUCAAAGGCUUUCGUCAAGGAGUUAAUCCCUGGCUCCGGGAUAUUGCAGGCCAUCAACGAUGAACUCUGGCACGUCUGCAACGAUGUGCGUCUCUGGUCCUUCUUCGAGGGCCUUCCAACCUCUACAGGUCCAACCAAUACGAUGAUCGUCGAGAAGGAGUCGGCCGUUAUGGUUCAACUCAGUAGAGGACCCCAACUAGUCUACAACAUCCUGCUUCGCUGCUUCAACACCACCAUUGAGGAGAUUGAGAAAGACUACACAGAUGUCGUAGACAAGUCCGAAGACCACCGAACACAAAUGAAACAGAUUGCCCAAGCCUUCGACGUCGCAGAUGGCCCAGAUGGCGACUUCAUACGGAUGCUUGACAAGCUGCACACGGGAUCCUGCGAAUGGCUGACGGACCACCAGUCAUUCCACGACUGGCUCGAGUGCGAUGUCAUGGACGCCAACUUCACGGUCAAGGCUAUCACUUCAGGCCAUUCCAAGAUGACGCCGCGAUUCCUGUGGCUCAACGGCCUGCCGGGCUCGGGCAAGUCGGUUGCCUCCGGGCACGUCAUCAAGUACCUCGAGUCCGCCAACCUGGAUGGUGCCUACUUCUUCUUCAAGAAUAACGAGAAGCCAAGCCUGACGCAGUUCCUUUUGUCAAUGGCGCUGCAGAUGGCGGAGUCAAACUUUCAAAUCCGGCACACGUUUCUCGCCAUGAUGGAGGAGGGCGAGACCAUCGACAGCCAGAGCGACCACAUUAUGGUUUGGAACAACAUAUUCCUGGGGCGCAUCUUCAAGAUGGCUCUGUCUCAGCCCCAGUACUGGGAUCGAGGCGACUGCUCCACUUCGGAUUUCAUCACUAGCCGCCCUAGCGGCCAUGUCGAGCGUCUGCUGAACCAGGAGCGGAUUAUGCGUGUGGAAUUGGAUACUGGGCAAGCCGAGUCGCUGAGGGAUAACGAUGCCUUUGUGAGGUCGAAAUUGUCCCCGAACAUCAUCCAAGACUUCAAUGGAGAUGAAGAGGAAGGCGACCUAGUGGCUGAGAUAAUCGAAAAAUCGAACGGCAUCUUCCUCUGGGCGUCUUUGAUCAUGACGCGCUUGGACGAGGCCCACAUUAUUGAAGCCAUGCGUAAGACCCUCGACCAGGUGCCGUCCGAGAUGAGCGGCAUGUACAGCGGCAUUCUGAAGAGCAUCUGGGUCGUCUGCGCCCGAAAACCCCUAACAACGGAUGACUUGCGGGAGGUGGUGCGGUUGGACAUCAACCAGACGCUGAGGACAUCCGACCGAUUCGCCCAAAUCUGCGGCAACCUCAUUACCGUCGACAACAACCUCGUCCAAGUUAUGCACCAGACCGUCAAAGAGUUUUUGACCGGGGAACAGACCGACUACUAUAUCCCGCGCUCCUGGUCCCACGCCCGCAUCGCCGAGCUCUGCCUGCAGCACCUCAACGGCCGCAACUUCAGCCCGCCGCGCACACGUCGGGGGCCUGCCGUCUCCUCCAAGAUCGACAACAACGCCAUCUUCGACGACUACGCCAGCACCAACUUCUCAUACCACCUCGCGCACUGCUCGCCCUCGGAAUCCACCCUCGAACUCCUUCCCCUCCUCGGCACCUUUUUCUCAUCCAACGUGUUAACCUGGAUUGAGCGCGUCGCCAGAACCGGCCGCCUCUCCCUCCUGACGCGCACCAUUCAAAACCUCAAAGACUACCUCGACCGGCAGGUAGUCACCUCGUCCCCGCUCGACUCAGACUACCAGCUAGCCUUCCGCUUCGUCGACGAUCUGGUCCGACUAUCCGCCAUUCACGGCCAAAACCUCCUCAACACCGCUCAAGCAUCAUCCACUGGAAGUUUCGCCCGGGAUCAGUUCAAGCAAAAGGUUCUCUGCACCUUCAACAACGACUGGGACGAGCGGCUGUCGUCGUUUAGCUUCACCUCGCGCGUCCUGUCAAUCGCCUGCGCGGAUCAGUUCUUUGCGGUCGGCCUCAGCGACGGCUCCGUAUGGGGUGGAGGCGGUACGAAGCAUGCGCUAUUAUGGUCGGCGACGUUGCCGGAGCAGCCGCUUUCAUUCCGGUUUAGUCCGGAUGAUUCGAAGGUUUAUGUGCCCCUGAGGAACGGGGAGGUUUAUGUGUAUCGGGCGAAGAACGGGGUUCGGCUUGAUGAGUUGGCGAUUCUGGAGGAGGACUUGUCGUCGUCGUCGGAGUCCGACUCGGAUGGCGGGGAAUAUGUGCAGAAGAGGACGAUGCCGAUGCUGAUACGGAUCAGUCCCAUGUUGGGCAUCGCGGCGAUUGCGUACCGCAGCUCGCACCUAAAGCUGUCUUAUUAUGAGAGCGAUGAGAGGGUGGAGGAGUUUGAGAAGGAGGGGUAUGAGGAUGGAGGGAUCCCGCCGCAGGUGCUGGAUAUGGCGUUCAAUGAGAAUGCCGAGCAGAAUCUCAUGGCUGUGGCGUACCAGGACGGGGACCUUGUCACGCUGGAUCCCUGGACGCUACAGCAGAAGCAUAGCUACCACUUGAACGCACACACGUUGGCGGCGUCCCCCGAUGGGCAUACCUUGGCUGCGGGAGACAGCGAGUGCGUCAUCUCGCUGUUUGCUUUUGACGGGUUUCGGCUGCUGUGCCGGAUCGAGUCUCUGGAGGAGCGCAUCAUGGGCAUCGUGUUCGCGGCCAACAGCCUGCGGCUCUUUGAUAUCCGGGGCAAUAGUCGUAAUGUCUGGGAGCCAGCCGUUCUCAUCAAGAAGAACCUCACGGACGACAACUCGAGCGAGGCUGACGACUACGUGAUGCCUGCGUCAAACCUGAUCUGUACUCGGACGUUUGAAAGAAGCAAGGCGAUCACCGCCAUGACGCAGGCGGGAGAGUCGAACUAUGUCUUUUGCGGUCGCGAGGAAGGAUCCAUCACGGUGCACGACAUCAGCUCAAGUAGGGUGUGCGCCGAGUUCCAGUUCCAUGCUCGCAUGGUGGACAUCCGCCACGUCGAGUGGAACGCGCAAAGAAACGUGCUGUUCAGUGUCGAUGCCUCUCGCCGAUGCAUUGCCACACGGCUGAGGCUGCCGACCUCCACUGCUGCAGCAACAGCAGUACAAAAGCAGCACCAGCAACUCCAGCUUCAACAGUUCCAAACGAUCCUCGACUUCCGCGCCGCCGACACCGUCCUGCAGGCUCUCAUCAGCCCGGACGCAUCCACAUUCCUCGUGUCAACCCAGUCCGGCGAGGAAUUGCACUCGCCGGGUUGCGGCUGCAUCGCGCAGUCCACCCACUCCCAAAACAAAGCCCGUUGGCUGUCACACCCCACCGACCCUGCCCGCCUCCUCCUCUUCGACAACGGGGCGCAGUCCUGCACCUGUUUCGCUGGAAAGACCUCAGUCACGAAACCCGGGCACGCGGCAUCGCCAUCGACCUUCCUCCUGAGCUCACCUCCACACCCGUCGCCCUCUCGGACGAGUGGCAUUCCCGCCCAGACAGGAUUUCUCACAAUCGAUCUCGCCGCGAUCGACGACCCGGCAACGACCACCAACGUCCAGAUCGCCUGCACAGCGCGCCAGCUCGUGUCGCACGUCAAGUCAGUGCUCGGGAUCCAUCGGUCCAGUCUGUUGUUUAUGAGCGGGCGCGGGUGGGUGUGCUCGAUUAGUCUGGAGAGUUUGAGUCCGAAUUCGGCUGGGAGUAGCAGUAAGACCGGGUACUAUAUCCGGCACUUCUUCAUACCCUCGGUAUGGCAGACGGGGGGGAAGCCGAUUGCGCGUAUCGUGUGUAAGAAGAGUUCGGUGGCCAUGGCGUAUCGUAAUGAGGUAGCCGUGUUCCAGGGUUUUCUAGAGUUUGAGCAUAAGGCUUUGUUCGGGGAGGAGGGGAGAUUUCAAGCGCUGUUUCCGUGUGAAAUGGAUUCGGGAUUGACAAGAAGAGCCUGGUACACGCUGUUUUCCCGUCGAAUGCUGGCCUUGCGGCCGCGCAUGCAUCGCCCUGCCCGGACGUUUGCGACAGCAACAGCAUCGGAUACGCAGCGCCCCUCGUCCGAUUACCGCGUCAAACUCGUCGAGGUCGGGCCCCGCGAUGGCCUCCAAAACGAAAGAAAGACCAUCCCGCUGGCCAUUAAGCUGGACCUAAUUGACCGCUUGGCAAAGACGGGCUUGACGACUAUCGAAGCCGGAUCGUUCGUCUCGCCAAAGUGGGUGCCCCAGAUGGACAACUCGUCAGAGAUCCUCCAACACCUUCUCACGGAGCCGCCCUCGUCCACACACCCACUCACCUUCUCCUUCCUCGCCCCAAACCUCAAAGGCCUAAACAACGCCUUUGCCAUCCUCUCCCAACAUCCGACCAGCUUCGCAACUGAGGGCUCCUCCCCGCAACUAACGAAACCCGCCCUCGAAAUCGCCGUCUUCGCCUCCGCCACCGAGUCCUUCUCCCAGCGCAACCUCAACACCUCCAUCGCCGCCUCCCUGGCCAGCUUCAAGCAGGUCAUCCAAGCGGCCAAGGACACGCACUCGCUGCGCGUGCGCGCCUACAUCUCAGUGGUGCUGGGCUGCCCGUUCGAGGGGUACGACGUGGCCCCGCACAAGGUGGCCGAGAUCGCGACGGAGCUGCUCGAGAUGGGCGCCGACGAGAUCGCGCUGGGCGACACGACGGGCAUGGGCACCGCGCCGCGGACCAAAGAACUGUUGAAUUGCUUGAGCAAGGCCGGCGUACGGAACGAAGACGUUGCGAUGCAUUUCCAUAAUACGUACGGCCAGGCGCUGGUGAACACCGCUGUUGCGCUCGAACACGGCAUCAGGACGUUUGAUUGCAGUGUGGGUGGGCUGGGCGGAUGUCCAUACUCGCCGGGUGCCACAGGGAAUGUGGCGACGGAGGAUAUGGUGUAUUUUAUGGAGACGUUGGGCAUGGAUACCGGCGUGGACUUGGAUAAGGUUGUUGAUAUUGGGGAGUGGAUUACGAGGGAGAUUGGGAAGGAGAAUGCGAGUACCGUGGGCAAAGCGGUGCUUGGGGCGAGGAGGAGGGCCGAGGCGGAUGCUGCGAAGGAGAAGUAAGUGUGCACAUUGGGGUGUGGUAUGCCCAUAAUGGAUGUCUCUAGCGUGACGAAUGCGAUGUCCAGUUCCAGUUCAAUACCUUUACAUUACAUACAUCCUAUUCACCA